GGCCCCGUACCAGGAAGCGUUGGGGAACCGGAGCAGUGUUGAGACACAAGCCAGAAUGGUGGUGUCUUCGCUGAAACUUCAGGAUCUAAUCGAGGAGAUUCGUAGUGCCAAGACCCAGGCACAGGAGCGGGAAGUGAUCCAAAAGGAGUGCGCCCACAUCCGAGCCUCCUUCCGCGAUGGAGACCCCCUGCAAAGGCACCACCAGCUGGCCAAGCUGCUGUAUGUCCACAUGCUGGGCUACCCCGCCCACUUUGGACAGAUGGAAUGCCUGAAGCUGAUCGCCUCCCCCAGAUUCACAGACAAGAGAGUGGGCUACCUGGGGGCCAUGCUUCUGUUGGAUGAGAGGCAAGAUGCCCACCUCCUCAUUACCAACAGCAUCAAGAAUGACCUGAACCAGGGCUUCCAGCCAGUGCAAGGGCUAGCCCUGUGCACUUUGAGCGCCAUGGGUUCUGCCGAGAUGUGCCGGGACCUGGUCCCAGAGGUGGAGAAGCUGCUCCUGCAGCCCAGCCCCUAUGUGCGGAAGAAGGCUGUUCUGACUGCAGUGCACAUGAUCCGAAAGGCUCCUGACCUCUCCGAUGUCUUCCUUCCACUCUGUACCCAGUUGCUCCUUGAACGUCACCAUGGCAUCCUGAUGGGCACCAUGACACUCAUCACCGAGCUUUGCGAACGAAGCCCUGCAGCUCUCAGGCACUUCCGCAAGGUGGUGCCACAGCUGGUGCAGAUCCUCCGGACUCUGGUGACCACAGGAUACUCCGCGGAGCACAGCGUGGCGGGCAUCAGUGACCCCUUUCUGCAGGUCCAGAUUCUCCGUCUGCUUCGGAUUCUGGGCCGGAAUCAUGAGGAGAGCAGUGAGACCAUGAAUGACUUACUGGCCCAGGUGGCCACCAAUACUGACACCAGCCAGAAUGCGGGCAGUGCCGUCCUGUUUGAGACGGUGCUAACCAUCAUGGACAUCCGCUCUGCAGCCGGCCUGCGGGUCCUGGCCAUCAACAUUCUUGGCCGUUUCCUGCUCAACAGUGACAGGAACAUCAGGUACGUAGCCCUGACAUCCUUGCUGCAACUUGUGCAAUCGGACCACGGGGCCGUGCAGCGGCAUCGGCCCACCGUGGUGGAAUGCCUGCGAGAAAGUGAUGCCUCCCUCAGCCGGCGAGCCCUGGAGCUGAGCCUGGCCCUGGUGAACAGUGCAAAUGUGCGAUCCAUGACUCGGGAGCUACAGGCCUUCCUGGAGUCCUGCCCGCCUGACCUCAGGGCUGACUGUGCCUCUGGCAUCCUGCUGGCUGCUGAAAGGUUUGCUCCAACCAAGCGGUGGCACAUAGACACCAUCCUGCACGUGCUGACGACGGCAGGUGCCCAUGUACGGGAUGAUGCAGUGGCCAACCUUACCCAGCUGAUUGGAGGGGCUCAGGAGUUACACGCCUACUCGGUGCGCCGUCUCUAUACUGCCCUGGCACACGAUAUCUCGCAGCAACCGCUGGUGCAGGUGGCAGCCUGGUGCAUCGGGGAGUAUGGAGAUUUCUUACUGGAGGGGAACUGUGAGGAAGCAGAACCCCUUGAGGUGGAAGAAGAGGAGGUGUUGGCACUGUUGGAAAAGGUGUUGCAAUCCCAUCUGUCCCUGCCAGCCACCCGAGCCUACGCCCUCACAGCCCUCAUGAAGCUGAGCACCCGGCUCCGCGGGGACAACAACCGGAUCCGCCAGGUGGUAUCCAUCUACGGGAGUUGCAUGGAUGUGGAGCUGCAGCAGCGUGCCGUGGAGUACAAUGCCCUCUUCCGGAAGUACGAUCACAUGAGGGCCGCCAUCCUGGAGAAGAUGCCCCUUGUGGAACGAGGUGGCUCUCAGGCUGAAGAGGGAGAAAAGGAAAGCAGUGAAGCCACCCUGCUUUCAGAAGCCACAGCCUCUACCCCUACAGAACCCCAGGCCUCCAAGCUCUUGGAUCUGCUGCAUCUCCUGGAUGAGCCACCCAGGGAGGCCCAGGGUCCUCCGGAUGCCUCUGCAGAAGGCACGUUAAUGCAUCUGCUUGACCUUCCCUGUGUACCUGCUCCUUCAGCCCCCAUCCCUGACUGCAAAGUGUUUGAGCGGGAGGGCGUCCAGCUGAACCUGUCUUUCACUCGACCGCCCGAAACCCCUGCUUUACUCCUCAUCACUGUCACUACCACCAACUCCUCGGGGGGUGAUGUCACCCACUUCAUCUGCCAGGCUGCUGUGCCCAAGAGCCUGCAGCUGCAGCUGCAGGCCCCCAGUGGAGACACAGUUCCAGCUCGGAGUGGCCUGCCUGUCACCCAGCUUCUCAGAAUCCUCAAUCCUAACAAGGCCCCCCUGCGGCUGAAGCUGCGUCUCAUGUAUCACCACCUUGGCCAGUCUGUGCAGGAGACCUUCGAGGUGAACAACUUGCCUGUGGAGACCUGGCAGUAACUCCCCCCCGUUUAAACCCUGGGGACCCCAGCCGCAGCACACCACCUGCACUUCAGGCCCACCAGCAGGUGGCGCUCCGGCCCCACAUUGGCCACAGCAGAAACGGGAAGCGGGAGGGAGGGAGGGAGGAAUGUUCCCUUCCCCCACCAGUAAUGAAAGCCCAAUAAAACCUGAAGGGAUUGGAAAGCCA